AUGAGUAUAAUAUUUUGUUUAAGAAUUUUGAUAUUAUUCAUAUUUAAUAUCUAUUGUAAUUGUGAAUAUAUUUAUCCAGGUUUAGUUUGGAAUGAUACAGAUGGUAAAUCUAUUCAAGCUCAUGCAACUGGUAUUCUUAUUGAUCCAAAUGAUGAAUCAUAUUGGUGGUAUGGAGAAUCUCUUAAAACUUCAACAUUAUCUGAUCAUGGAAUAAAUUGUUAUCAUUCAAAAGAUUUAAUCAAUUGGACAAAUAUGGGUGAAGUACUUGGACAAAAACAAGUAUUUAUAAAAGAUCUUUCAGGUCCAUAUGUUAUUGAAAGACCGAAAGUUGUUUGGAAUGAAAAAACAAAAUUAUUUGUAAUGUGGUUUCAUCUUGAUAGUAUUGAUUAUAAAUAUCGUUAUGUUGGUGUUGCAACAUCAUUAAGACCAGAUGGAACAUUUAAAUUUGUACAUGCAUUUCAACCUGAUGGAAUUCCAUCACUUGAUAUGAAUAUUUAUGAAGAUAAAAUAAAUAAUAUUGUACGUGGAGUUUAUCUUGUUCGUUCAUGUAACAAUGAAUAUGUUGGAAUAAGUCAAUUAACAGAUGAUUAUUUAAAUACAACGAGGAUAAUAAGUACAAUUGGUGAACCGAGAGAAGGACAUGCGAUUUUUUAUAGAAAUAAUCAUUAUUAUAUGAUGACAAGUCAUUUAACUGGUUGGUCGCCAAAUCCAGCUGAACUUUUUAUAACAAAUCAAAAUAAUUUACAUCAUGCAAAAUGGUAUUCAUUAGGAAAUCCAACAAAUUCUUCAAUAACAUUUAAUUCUCAAUCAACAUUUGUUCUUCCAUUUCCUUCAACAAAAUAUCCUGGAACUUAUUUUUAUAUUUAUAUGGGUGAUAGAUGGAAUUAUCCUAAUUUAUUAAAUGCAACUUAUAUAUGGUUACCAUUUACAUUCAAUUCAGAUAUAAAUGUUACUUUAGAAUGGAAAGAUCAAUGGUCUUUAACUGAUUAUUAA